AUGGCAGCGAAAGUAUUCAUUUUUCUUCUAUUAACUAUAAUUUUAUUAGCAACUGGUCUUCUCAUUUAUGAUAUGAUUGGUUUUCAUAAUUAUCAUAGGAGUGGUACAUAUGUAUAUGUUCGUACUAGUGUUAAUAAAACAAAUGAUUCCCUAUACUAUGUUAUUAAACAAAGUCAUACGAUACAAGAUUGUACAAAUAAUUCAUUAAAAGUACGUUCAAAAAAUGUUAAUUGGGUUACAGGUGGAAGUACGAUCUCUUGGUUAAUUGAUGACCCAUAUCUGUUUAAAAUUUCUUUUUUUACUGGUAACGUUUUACAUUGGAUUUCAACUGUUGCAUUAGCUUAUUAUAAAUACGAGACGUCUCAUAAAGAUGAGCAUGAUUUUAGUUGUUCAAAAACAUUUUUUUAUAUAUUAUUUAUGAUUAUGAAAGUAUAUAUAUGGAAAAGUGGAAUUCAUUUUGCCAGUAUCUUAUUAUUUUCAUUUAAUUUUGAAACACCAUGUUUAGAGAUGAAAUUAUAUCAACAAUCAAAUAUAAUAGAAAAUUCACAAUUAUAUAUGCUUUUAUUAAUAUUUUCGAUUGUAUUUCAAUUUUUAUUUUUGUCAAUUAUUUUAGAUAAAUAUUAUCUUUCUUUGGAAAAAGCAUAUAAAGACAGUGAUAAUUGUAAAAGAUUAUGUUUACUAUUCGUCGGUUCAAUUAGUUUAAUAUUGUAUAUAUGUUUAUUCAUAUUUAUAUCUGGUACACAUUUUAUAUCCUUUUAUGGUCCAUGGCAAAGUCGUUUAAGAUCAUUGAUAUCAGGUAUAUUAAUUGCUUGGACAAUUAUUUGUGAGAUAGGUUAUUAUCUCUAUGUACGUUCAAAGACAAAAAACAAAAUUCGACCUUUUAAUAACGGUAUAGAACAAAAAAGUCAAAACUAUUACUAUUGA